GCCUACUGCUUUUUAGUACUAAAUGUAGGCCUAGUGUUUGAAAUUCUUGAAGGUUGUUCUUAAAGCAGACAGAACUUUGCUCCAUGAGAACUGCAUCAGAGGUUGAAGAGAGCAACGCAAAUAAACUCAUUAGGUGGAUACGAGGCGUGCAGAAUUCAUCCAUGGGUUUUCUUUUAUUAAACUUCUCCUUGCCGGGGCACUUGAACUUGAGACUAAGCCAGGCUUGUAUAAAUGCCGCUGAUGUCUGGUGGAGAGGCGCCCAACCCAUUUCUUUUGUGCUGAAGCGUCUGUGAUUUCAUCGAGCUUUUCCCGGGCUGCUACUAUAAUGGGCUCCCUCGCUUUGAAUCGCUCGUGUAUCUGCGAUUUGUUUUCAGUUGGUUAAAUUAGAGCAAUCUUUUUAGUUGGUAUUAGUUUUGAUGCUUUGGGACAGGUUAAGGAAAUUUCUAGUCGAUCAUCCGGACGGGUCCCAAUGAAAAUGCAGGGGAGAAACAGGUACAACCUGGUGGACGAUGUGGCGGAUUCGCGCGUCCCGCUUCACAACGAGGAAGCGUAUCAACACGGAAUACACUUCCAAGCCAAGUAUGUUGGCAGCCUGGAUGUCCCAAGACCCAACAGUCGUAUGGAGAUUGUCGCUGCUAUGAGAAGAAUAAGGUAUGAGUUCAAGGUGAAGAGCAUGAAGAAGAAGAAAGUGAGCAUAGUGGUCUCAGUAGACGGGGUCAAAGUGGUGCUGCGCAAGAAACCCAAGGCAUGUGUGCUCAAGAGGAAAGAGUGGACGUGGGAUGAGAGCAAGAUGCUGGUUAUGCACGACCCCGUAUACAGGAUCUUCUAUGUAUCCCAUGAUUCUCAGGAUCUGAAGAUUUUCAGCUACAUUGCUCGUGAUGGAUCCAGCAGUUUGUUCAGAUGCAAUGUAUUCAAGUCCAAAAAAAAGAGUCAGGCCAUGCGCAUAGUGCGGACGGUCGGUCAGGCGUUUGAGGUGUGCCAUAAGCUGAGUCUGCAGCACGCUGAGCAGAGUGCAGAUGAACAGCCAGACGGCCCUGCAGACGGCCAGAGUGAUCAGUCUGGAGAAGAGCCCAGCCCUGAAGCUCGUCAUCUGACAGGCAAGGAGCACGGAAUGGAUGAUGUCACUGGAACGGAGUCACACUGCACAAAGCUCAGUGAGCAAGCUAUGGAUGAUAUGCUUCAGAGUCUGUCAGUGCUCAGCAUGGUGAAACCUGGACAAACCCUCCAGUCUUUACAAGGCCAGGAGGGUGUCUCUCCCUACACUCUAUCUCCCAGCAGCCCAUGCUUUCCUACCCUCACACCUUUGGCCACCCACCACCACCUGCAGUUCCUCCAACAACAGCUGCUACAGCAGCAGCAACAAACACAGAUCGCUGUAGCACAGGUGCAGCUCCUGAAGGAUCAGCUGGCCGCAGAGACGGCUGCUCGCAUGGAGGCACAGGCCAGAACUCACCAGCUGCUGCUGCAGAACCGAGACUUACUGCAACAUACUGCCCUGCUGGUGAAACACCUCAGCCAACUGGAGAUCAGAGUCAGUGGAGCCACACAGAAAGAAGAAUCACCAUGGAGUAGCGUGCCCCCUCGUUCUCACUCUCUGAACCUGAAGAGCCUCUACACCCCUUGCUCGGAGCAGCCCAUCAUCUCCACUCCAGCAGGACCACCAGAAAAUCCUCCUGUUUCCUCCCAUGCUGAGUCCUACCUCAAUCUGCUCAACCUAUGUGGUGCGCCCACCGUUACAGCCAAUGGGAAGCCAGCGAGUGCAAGAAGUGAAGCAGGACUGGAUGUAGCGAGAAGGGAUGUUGCCAAGCUAGAAACACAGAAUUCAACAGCGCUUGAUGAGAGGUAUGAACCAACCAUCCCUAAACUGGACCCUCCUCCUCAGCCCCUGAACCACAAGCGAUCACACAGGACACUUUCUCAGGGUGUCGAGGCAGAGUCAAGAUCUUCAGCUGUAGCCACACCUGUCAAUGGAAACAUACUCACAAAUGUGAAUGGUAGCUCCUCGUUUCCUGACAUCACUCUAUGCUCCGUUUCACCUGGGGAUUUCUAUUCUCACACCAACGGCAGCAGUGUGUCAUGUUCAACCAGUGAGGAUUCUGGCGUGUGCUCAGAUGACAAAUCCCUUGUAUCCCCCCAUUCCAGAGACGACCCCUCUGAUGACCAGAGCUCUGCGUUCAUCUCCAGUUCCAGUACUUGCAGCAGCUUACCAGAGGAUCAUCCAGCUGUGGAUGGUGCGACCCCACUGCGUUCUACCACACCGCUGGGAUAUGAGCAAACCAUCCCAUUCUCUUCACCUGUCAAUGACACCUGCCUUCAUAUAAGCCUAAGCGAAGAUGAGUUUCUGGAGGACGCCACCUAUAAUGUCCCCACCCCAUGCAGGAGUUAUGAUCCCAUGGAAAAUAUGUGAAAAAUCACAAUAAUAACAACUCCACAGUGUUGAGAAACUUCAAAAAACAAUCAUAAUGAAGAAAGGAGGCAUUUUUGACAAAUGAACUGUGUAAUAUUAGCCACAUGCUCACACUGUUAUUUUGCAUAUAAUGUCACACAGGUUUUUCGCAUCUUUCUUUACCUACAAUGCCCUCAAAUUAUUUUAACUAUAAAAUUAGCUAAAAGAAUAUUUAGUAUGACACAGAGUGGACUACUAUCUUCAGAUGGAUAGUGUAUUUUUUAGAUUGAAAAUUAAGAGUUAUUUUUAGCAAUGAAUGAAGUGCAUUGGCUUCUACUAAGCUAAAUAGAAACUGAUUUU